AUGGCGAAGUCAUUUAAGUACGUGAUCCUCGGCGGUGGCGUAGCUGCUGGAUAUGCUGCUAGGGAGUUUGCCAAGCAGGGAGUCAAGCCUGGUGAACUGGCUAUCAUAUCCAAAGAAGCGGUGGCUCCUUAUGAACGUCCUGCACUUAGCAAGGCUUACCUAUUUCCUGAGGGAACUGCUAGGCUUCCUGGUUUCCAUGUUUGCGUAGGAAGUGGAGGAGAGAGGCUACUUCCAGAAUGGUACACUGAGAAAGGGAUAUCUCUGAUCCUGAGCACAGAAAUAGUGAAAGCCGAUCUUUCUUCAAAGACACUUAUCAGUGCGGCCGGAGAAACUUUUGAAUAUCAGAUUCUGAUCAUAGCAACUGGUUCUACCGUUAUCAAAUUGACGGACUUUGGUGUGCAAGGCGCUGAUGCCAAAAACAUCUUUUAUUUGAGAGAAAUUGAUGAUGCUGAUAAACUUGUUGAAGCAAUCAAGACAAAGAAAAAUGGAAAAGCUGUGAUUGUUGGUGGGGGAUACAUUGGUCUGGAACUAAGUGCUGCUUUGAGAAUUAACAACAUUGAUGUCAGCAUGGUUUAUCCUGAACCUUGGUGCAUGCCUAGGCUAUUCACUGCCGGCAUAGCUGCCUUCUAUGAAGGUUAUUAUGCGAAUAAGGGAGUUGGUAUCAUCAAGGGCACUGUAGCCGUUGGAUUUGGCACGAACGAAAAUGGGGAGGUUACGAAUGUAAAACUUAAGGAUGGUAGGGUUCUAGAAGCUGAUAUUGUUGUUGUUGGUGUCGGUGGAAGGCCCCUCACAACUCUAUUCAAGGGUCAGGUUGAAGAGGAAAAGGGUGGCAUCAAGACUGAUGCCUUCUUCAAAACAAGUGUCCCCGAUGUAUAUGCUGUGGGUGACGUUGCUACAUUCCCCUUGAAGUUGUUCAACGAGAUCAGAAGAGUUGAACAUGUCGAUCAUGCGCGGAAAUCAGCUGAACAGGCCGUUAAGGCAAUUUUCGCCAGCGAACAAAAAACAUCCAUCGACGAGUAUGACUACCUCCCGUACUUCUACUCCCGAGCGUUUGACUUGUCAUGGCAGUUCUACGGUGACAAUGUAGGGGACACCGUUCUGUUUGGAGAUAACGACCCGGCAUCUUCUAGCCACAAAUUCGGGACUUACUGGAUCAAAGACGGUAAGGUUGUCGGUGCUUUUCUCGAGAGUGGCACUCCCGAAGAAAACAAGGCUAUAGCGAAAGUUGCACGGGCCCAGCCCACUGUCGACAGUUUGGAUCAGCUAGCUAAGGAGGGUCUUGCCUUUGCUAGCAAGGUCUGA